AAACCGCCGUCUCUUCAAAUUCAACUAUCUUGUUAUCGAAAAUAUUAGCGAUAAAUUUCAAUUGUUAUUUAAUUAACGCGAUUUUUAUCAUAACUACGACGAAAAUUAAGAAAGGGGUACUUACUUAUUCGAUAUAUACAUCUUUCUGUUCAGUUUACGGAUACUAAAAAUUACUUCAAAAUGCAAGAUGUUAAAUCUAGAAAAGAUAGUACGAAUGAAUUGUUCGUACAAAAGGUUUUAAGUUUAGAACACGGAUUAUUUUAUAAUGAUGAUGUCGAAGUAGAAUCCUCAGUGGAAGAGGAUGUAUUGUUUUUCGAAAAUGAAUCGUCUCUGGCAAAAGAAAACAUAAAAUUAUCUGAAAAAACUGCUUCAAAUUCAGGAAAGGCAUUAUCUUUUUUUAGUGAUGAAGUUGUAUCUUUUAAAAAGAGUGAAGUCCCAGUUUUAGAAAAAGAAAAAUCUUCUCUAAAGAAUGAAAAUGUUUUAAAUUUGACGCAAAUACCAGUUGGGGAAAGGUUUUCAGAUUCAAACAAAGUUUCUCAGGAAGUAUUAGGAAACAGAACUGAAGAAACUGUAAAAAGGUUUACUUGUAAUCAAUGUAAUAAGAGUUAUGCUCGAUUUCAUAAUUUUAGAAAGCACAUGGAAAAUCACAAUACAAAAUUGAAAUUUGAAUGUGAUGUUUGUAAAAGAAAAUUCAUUUCAGCUGAGUUUUUAAAGAGCCAUUUAGCAGUUCAUUCAGUUACAAAUCUUGAAGGUGAAUCGUACAAUCAAGAUAUUCAUUCCACAUCAAAUUUUGAUAGAAAAUCUCGCAAUCAAGGUGUUCAUUCAGUAACAAAUUCUGAAAGUAAAUCCAAUGAUCAAGACUCGUCUGCUAACAGUAAAAUUCAAAGGAAUUUUCGUUGCAAAAUUUGCAAUAAUUCUUCUAUUGAUUAUUAUAAUUUGUGUGCACAUGUUAAAAAUCAUGUAAAUAUAGCUGUGUUAUUUUGUUGCCAAGUUUGUAAUAAAUCUUCUUAUCAAGAGAAUAAUAAAGAGAAGAUAGAAAAGGAGAAUAAUGACAAUUGUCCAUGUGAAUAUAAAUGUAACACUUGCAAAAUAGGUUUUAUUCAUGAAGAUGCAAUAUAUGUACACCAUCAUUUAGUACAUGGUGUAAAAUUAUUUCCAACGAUGCAAGAAAUGGUGAAAAGUUGUGUAUCACUCCCAAAAGCAAAGAAAAUGCCUAAGUGUGAAAUAUGUGGAGUAACUUUUAAGAGAAACAAAGACCUUAAUAUUCAUCUUGCGAUUCAUAAUAAUAUGCAAAGGGAAAAAAAACAUGAAUGCUCAGUUUGUGGUAAAAAAGUUACGUCUAAAUCAUCUUUAAAUCAUCAUAUGCGAAUUCAUACUGGUGAGAGACCUUGGUCUUGUCAAAUAUGCGAAUUCAGUUCAACUCACAAAAGUUCUUUAAAAAUACACAUGCGUACUCACACAGGAGAGAAACCUUAUGAGUGUAAAAUUUGUUUUAAAACAUUUGCAUCUAAAAAUAAACUCAAUGUUCACUUACGUGUUCAUACAAGAGAAAAGCCUUAUAUUUGUGAUUUUUGUAAGAAGGCCUUUUGGAGAAAGUCAGAUCUGAAUGAGCACUUCAUUAUUCAUACUGGUGAACGUCCGCAUGUAUGUGAUGUUUGCGGGAAAGUGUUCAAAUAUCCUUUUAAAUUAAAAAUGCAUUAUAAACAACAUACUCAAGAUAAGCAGUAUGAAUGUGAAACAUGCAAAAGGAGAUUUUUAACGAAACAUCAGUGGAAAGAACACACUUACACACAUACUGGGGAAAAACCUUAUGUGUGCACAUUUGGGGACUGUGGAAAAGCAUUUAGUCGAUCAGCAAUAUUAGGUAGGCACUAUCUAAUACAUACUGGUCAGCAACCUUAUAUCUGUGAGAUCUGUAAAAGGAAAUUUAAUCAGAAGACGUCACUGACUCGUCAUUAUGUCGUUCAUACUCAAGAGAAGCCAUAUUCUUGUGAAUUUUGUGACCAAUCUUUUACUCAGAAAGCUUACCUUCAGUUCCAUAAACGGCAAAAGCAUGGUGAGGAUAUGGCUAUUAAAUAGAAAGAUUUCCAGAAUUCAUUAUGAGAGUAAUUGCUAUGUAUGUGUUCUUGUUACGAAAGUUUUCAUGAAUAUAAAUGUAUAGAUUUGAUAUUGUAUAAAAGGUGGUUUGAAAUUGACAGUCGUUAGAUGGAACUUUAUUGCUAAAAAACUAGUGGAUCAAAAAUGUGUUCGACCUGAAAAAGACAGUAAAAAAAUUUUAAAGAAAAUUUUUUAUAAUUUUGACAAUCCAGGAAGAUUUUACAUGAAUUCAAGAAGAGUUUCAUUUUUAUUUUUUAAAAAGUUUCUGAGUAAUUGUUUAAAAAAAGUAAUUUUAUAAAUAAGAUAUAAUUUGAUUAGGGGUGUAACAAAUAGUGAUUUGGCCGAAUAUUGAUUAUUCAGUGGCUAAACAUAUUUUAAAAAAAAAAUCCUUAAUAAAUAUUAUUUUUUCAUGUAUUAAAAGACACUGAAAAUUAAUAAGAAAUAUUUAAGAUAUAUAAGUGAGAGCAAUAACACUUAGCAAUAUCGUGAAAGCAAUAGCAAAAAAAAAGUAAAUAAUAAAUAAAUAAUAUUUUCCGAAAAAGUACACAUAAAACGUUAAAGGAAAUAUAGUCUUCACUUUUAAAAAUGCUGCUCUACUUUUUCAUAUAGUCGUAUUUUUAAAAGUAUAACAUUCAUGAGAAAUGCUCUUUAAAAACUAUCAUAAUAAAAACACUGAUGAAAAGAAAAGUUAAUAUAAGAAGAGAAAUAUAUAUUUUUUUUAAUUUCGUAAAAUAUAACUUGAAUGUUGAAAAUCACGGCUUUUUUGUUGCCGCCUAUCUGUGUUACCGUACGAUAAAAAAAUGAAGUCUAUCAUAAAUUGUUCAAUAAAAUGAGGCACUAUAAUCAGGG